AUGGGAGCCGGCGCGUACAUGCCGAUGUCAAACUUAGGAGCGAUCUUACUGAAAGACGACGUCUUAAUCAACCCUGCAAGAAGAAUAAAAAGAUACCUGGUGUACUUCCAUAAAGCCCAGAAAUUAUUCUCGCGCUCGCGGGCGAAUACCGGGCAGCCGAAUGUGAAAAUAGACAGCAGUAAGAAGAUUCUAAGCGGGUGCAGCGUUCGUAAUUGUCAUUUCGUGGGAGAUCCCAAGCGACUCCCACAGGCAGAUGUAGUGGUCGUUAGCGUAGACCGGAACGGUGACGUGCCCGCCGCGACCGCGCGCGCCGCAAACCAGCGAUGGGUGUUCCUCGCACUAGGCUCUCCGUUGGCAAUCAACACCAGCAAAAUCGGCGAAUGGGCUAAUUUAUUUAACUGGUCUAUGACGUACAGAAGCGACUCCGAGGUCCCGAUCCCGUACGGGCGCACCCUGGCGUUCGUUACACCCGCCCCCGGUAACGUGUCGGUGCCGCAGCUGGUGCCACACUGGCGGGUGAAGCGGCGCGACGUGCUCGCCGCCGCGCUGCUCUCCAACUGCCGCGUACGACGAAGAAUGAAUUAUUUGAACACCCUGAAACGUUACAUACGGGUGCACUAUUAUGGAAGUUGUUUCUACCGCCACCCGAAGAAAGAAUGUCCCAGAAUAGGGGAGUGUGGUUCGAUUAAACGUUAUCUAUUCUACUUGGCAUUUGAGAAUGCUGAAUGUCAGCAGUACAUAACCGAGAGGGUGUUCCAGCACGCGCUGGUGGACGGCGCGAUACCGGUGAUAAUGGGCGCCUCGUAUGAACAGUGCGCGACACUGUUGCCGCCGCAAUCGUUUUUGCAUGUAGAUAAUUACCCUACCAUCAAACAUUUGGCUAUGCAUAUAAAGAAAAUUGCCAGCGACAACGACGUUUUGUUAAGCUUCCACAUGUGGCGGCGUCACUUCCGUGUAGCGAACGAGACGGCGUGGGUCGGCGCGGCUGACUCGCGGCUGUGUCGGCUCUGUGAAGCGAUCAACUAUAACAAUCUUCAGCACAAGGUCUACGACGAGGACUACCUCAGACAUUUCCUGGACCCCAAGAGGAACUGCAGGAACUGA